CGGCUGACUUGAAUGACUGACUGUUGCGGCGCCAACCGUCACGCAGCCCAACGGUUACCCAGGAACAGACGUGUCACUCCUGUUGCGCGCGCAGAUACACGAAAGAACAAACCCACUCUCACUCUGUCCCCCACCCCCACGCUUGUGCACAGCAUGCUGAGAAAGUCGAGUCCCGAAUUCCCCUUCUCUGAGAGGGGGAGGGGAAGAGCGCUCGUCAGUCAUGCCAGAGGCUCCGCCUCUUCCGGGCCUGUGAGGCUGGGCCGCCGCCUCCUCUCCUCCUCCUCUCGCUCGCUCGUUCGCUCUCUCCCUUUUGUGAGUUAUAGCAACCGUUGCCUUGUGAAUCAAGCGCCAUAGUCACCGUAGUCCUGGCGACUGUUACCCAUCAACAACAACGGCUCCUCUCCUCCACCACCUCCUCCUCCUCCUGCUGCUGCUCCUCCUCACCCCCAGCCUCACCCCCUUCCUCAUCAUCGUCACCCACAACAACAACAACCACCACCUCCACCAGCAAGAGCAACACCACCACAGCCCUCCACAGCCCAGGGAGGAGGGGAGAUAUAAUCACACAGAAGGCUUCUUGUUAAAGAAACGACAAUGCAGACGUCAGAGACUGGGUCAGACACAGGCUCGACGGUGACUUUACAGACUUCUGUAGCUAGCCAAGCAGCAGUGCCCACCCAGGUGGUACAACAGUUACCAGUGCAACAACAGGUUCAGCAAGUGCAAACUGUGCAGCAGGUACAACAUGUGUACCCAGCCCAGGUUCAGUAUGUGGAGGGAAGUGACACAGUCUACACAAAUGGAGCUAUACGAACAACUACGUAUCCUUAUACAGAAACUCAGAUGUACAGCCAAAACACUGGGGGGAACUACUUUGAUACCCAAGGAAGUUCUGCACAGGUGACAACAGUGGUCUCUUCUCAUAGUAUGGUGGGCACUGGAGGCAUUCAGAUGGGUGUCACUGGAGGACAGCUCAUCAGCAGCACUGGAGGUACAUACCUGAUUGGCAAUUCAAUGGAAAACUCUGGCCAUUCAGUGACCCACACAACACGAGCCUCUCCAGCUACAAUUGAAAUGGCGAUUGAGACACUGCAAAAGUCUGAUGGUCUGUCCACUCACAGAAGCUCUCUUCUCAACAGCCAUCUCCAGUGGCUAUUAGACAACUAUGAAACAGCAGAAGGAGUGAGUCUCCCCAGAAGUACACUCUACAACCAUUACUUGAGACACUGUCAGGAGCAUAAAUUGGACCCAGUCAAUGCUGCCUCUUUUGGAAAAUUAAUUAGAUCAAUUUUCAUGGGCCUACGGACCAGGAGAUUGGGAACCAGGGGGAACUCCAAAUAUCAUUACUAUGGGAUUCGUGUCAAGCCAGACUCUCCUCUUAAUCGGCUACAAGAGGACAUGCAAUAUAUGGCUAUGAGACAGCAACCCAUGCAGCAGAAACAAAGGUACAAGCCUAUGCAGAAAGUGGAUGGAGUCACAGAUGGUUUCACAGCAAGUGGUCAACAGACAGGCACAACUGUUGAACAAACUGUAAUUGCCCAAAGUCAGCAUCACCAACAGUUUUUGGAUGCAUCUCGAGCACUUCCAGAGUUUGGAGAAGUUGAAAUCUCUUCUCUGCCAGAUGGUACUACUUUUGAGGAUAUCAAGUCAUUGCAGAGUCUCUAUCGAGAGCAUUGUGAGGCAAUAUUGGAUGUUGUAGUGAACCUUCAGUUUAGCCUAAUAGAAAAAUUGUGGCAGACUUUCUGGCGCUAUUCUCCCUCAACGACAACCGAUGGCACUACUAUUACUGAACCAAGCAAUCUGAGUGAAAUAGAAAGUCGACUUCCGAAAGCAAAGCUGAUUACUCUGUGCAAAAAUGAGUCAAUUCUGAAAUGGAUGUGUAACUGUGACCAUGUGAUGUACCAGACUUUGGUGGAGAUUCUCAUUCCUGACGUCCUUAGACCUAUUCCUAGUGCCUUGACCCAAGCCAUUCGCAAUUUUGCAAAAAGCCUUGAAGGUUGGCUUUCCAAUGCCAUGAACAAUAUUCCACAGAGAAUGAUUCAAACCAAGGUUGCCGCUGUAAGUGCCUUUGCUCAGACUCUGCGAAGAUACACAUCUCUUAAUCAUCUGGCUCAGGCAGCUCGUGCUGUGCUGCAGAACACUUCUCAAAUCAACCAGAUGCUCAAUGACCUCAACCGUGUUGAUUUUGCCAAUGUCCAGGAGCAGGCUUCCUGGGUGUGCCAGUGUGAUGACAAUAUGGUACAGAGGUUGGAAACGGAUUUCAAGAUGACUCUUCAGCAGCAGAGCACUCUGGAGCAGUGGGCUGCCUGGCUUGAUAAUGUAAUGAUGCAAGCUCUGAAACCAUAUGAAGGAAGACCUAGUUUUCCUAAAGCAGCACGACAAUUUCUAUUAAAGUGGUCUUUCUACAGCUCAAUGGUUAUUCGAGAUUUAACCUUGCGCAGUGCUGCUAGCUUUGGUUCUUUUCACCUGAUCCGUCUAUUGUAUGAUGAAUACAUGUUUUACUUAGUCGAACAUCGUGUUGCUCAAGCCACAGGAGAGACACCUAUUGCAGUCAUGGGAGAGUUUGGUGACUUAAAUGCUGUGUCUCCGGGAAAUAUGGAUAAAGAUGAAGGCAGUGAAGUUGAAAGUGAAAUAGAUGAAGAGCUGGAUGAAACCGGAGAGCCACAAGCAAAGCGAGAGAAGACUGAAAUAAGCCAGGCCUUCCAGGUGGGCUGCCUGCAGCCGGUACUUGAGAGUGGAGUACAGCAGAACCUCCUGAACCCUCUUCACAAUGAGCACAUUGUUACAGCUACUCAAACUAUCAGACAAUGCAGUGCUACUGGAAAUACAUAUACUGCAGUCUAACAAAUAUUAAAGCUCCUUUUUUCAGAUUAUAUUAGCCCUGUUGAUAUUGGGCUUAUCAUGGGGGAGGGAAGGGAAGCAAAAAAGAAGUCUGAAGGUUGACUUGUCAAAUUUUAUCUGUGCUUGAACAUUACUUUUACUGGAGUUGUGAAAUGGAAUGAGUGUAUGUAUUUUGCCAGGUCUCUUUUUGGGGGAAAAAUAUCGGUAAAUACAAUCAUUUUACACUGGCCACUUAAUAUUAAGAGUUUUCUUAGUUUCAAGAGUCAAGAAGGGUUUUUGCGAAACUUAAUGUUAAUGUUUUUGUCCUCUUUAUAAUUAAAGUAAUUUAAUUUUUUUUUCAUAGUUUUUACAAAAUAUUUUAAUGUUAACUGUUAGUCCUGGUGAUUUCGUAUAAAUAGGGUCUUUAAUUAAAUGCACUCUGAAAUAUCAAGAAUUUUCCUCUUUGAUUUACACUGGAGGCAUGCUCAUUUGACAGCAGCUGCAUUAGAAUUGUUUUUAAAAGGCAACUUUAAUUGGAGAAAACUGGAAGAUUCUAUUUUGAUACAUUUCAGAGUAUUCAGGGGAUGUACUGGAAAUUUUAUUAUAAUGCUAGAGAACAUAGACCGUCUUCUUUCUCAGAGGAAGAGCUAUUCUCACAGUUGCAGGAUAUAAAUGAGAGCUCUGAUAGCAUGUGGUAAUGUGUACUUAAUAAAUGAACAUACGACACCAUCACAGACAAUGCAAGCUUCUUAAAAAAAAUCAGUUUUAGUGAUUUGCAUACCAACUCGUCUCUUUUAAGACUACUGAUUUCAGGUACAGUCUGCCCAAACAUUGACUCUGUGCAACCUCCAUUCAUUUCAAAACAGCUUGUGCAAGGUUAAAAACAUACUAUAUUUGGAUUCAAGCCAAGGUUUCAAGCCACAUUUAAAUGAGUAGAGGCUAUGUUGCAGUAGCAGUUGGUGGACUGUGCCUCUCAUAUACAUAUUGGACCACUACCCAGAUGCUUUCUGCUCUUCAGUGGGACUGGAGAUGUUAAAUACUGAAGCUAAAAAAGCAUCUUGUUUUUGUUUUGUUUUUUGGUUGGUUGACUUUUUUUUAAGUGUCUGUGCUACUUAUGCUGAACUGAACAUGCAGGAAACUGUUCCUUUCAGAUGACUUUUUUAAUUCCAUGUCCUUUUCCUCGUGAUAGUUCAAUCUGCUGCUCUUGUUAAAGAUAGUUUAUAGGAUGCAAGGAAUGUAGCAACCUGCAUUGUAAUUUUGCUCAAGAUAAUUCCUGGUUCUUAAGUGGAUUUCAUUUUAUACAAAAAAAAAAUGUUUAAAAGGCAGUGAAACUGGCACAUGUCACUUGUACUUAUUUCCCAAUUGUGUAGAAUUUGAAUAGGUGGCUAGACGGACCAUUGCCAUUUAAGAAUGUACAUCAGGGAUCAUUGUACCUCGGCUAUUACAUGGUGCCUUAAGCAGAACUGAAGCUAAGAUUUUCUUGUUAAUAACUCUUACAUUGAUUCAACAAAGUGUGCCUGUCUUCUUUCUUUUCCCCCCCUUUUCAAAUUCCCUAAACAGUAAGGGCAGGUUACAUAAUCUUCAAAAGUCAAGAUUUUUUAUUAGCUAGUUUUACUAUCCCUCUUAGAGUGACAGCCUAUUACUUUCUUAUUUAUAGCUGAAUUACACUUUAUUACUAAUCAGAUUUUUGUGGUUGGGGUGGGGGGAGUGGGUAAAAACAAAACUAGCUUUAACAAUGUCAAAGGUCAACACAAUAGGUUAGCCAACUCCCAAACAAGAAUUUAUAUAUAUUUCUAAACCCUUGUCUAACUUUUAAUUUUAAAAAGUAAAGUAAGCAAAUCUUUUAAAAGCAGCAUAUAGUUUCAAUUUGUGCAUAUGGUGUGGGGUCAGUCUGCUAUUUCAUUUAAUGGUUAAAUCAUACUAUAUGUUUCAUUUUUUUCUUUUAAUUGGCCUGUCAUAGAUAUAAUGGAUUAAACAUUUUAAUGGUUUUUUUGAAAAAACCUGAAUUUUCUUAGUUUGAUCAAAACAAACCAAAAAUGAAGGAAAGCACAGACAAGAGAUUACAGAUUUAUAGCAAGGCUUGUAUAAAUGACUAACAAAGUUGUUUGUAAUUGGUUUGAAAAGACUUAUUUUUAAAGUUAUAGUCAUCAAAUGCUUGAACAAAAUAUGGAAUUAUUGGUAUAUUUAUAGCACACAGGUUGAUCCUAGGUUUUUCACAACUCAAGUGUUUCUAGACUUACUCAUUUUUGUUUAAUUUGAACAUUUCUGCUUCUAAACUAAGCUUUAAUAAUUUGCUUAGAAUUACAGAAUUUGAGGCCUACUGACAGUGCGGGCAGAACUAGGUGCUGUACCUAGUAAUUCCUGCCACAUAAAUUAAACUUAUUGUAUUUUCAUUUUGUUUCCCUGUCAUUUAAAUAUGUUCUUAUUUUAAUUUCUCAAAAUCCAUCACGUCUGCACCCUCACCAAAUUAAAGCUGCACCCCUCACCAAAUUAAAGCCCUCACCAAAACUAAGCUGUGAUCGUUACUCCCUCUCAUUGUGCAUUAUGAAAUGUUUACACUUAAAUACAGUGAAAUUAAAUGUAAAAACAAAGAUACACUUUUCAGCAUAGUUUUUUAAGGUUCUAGUGAGGAUGUUCUGUAUUAGAUGAGAUUUAUUUACUGGUAUAAUCUUUUGAGAUGGCAAAUGUAUGUUUUCUUAUCAUUGUCCUUUUUUUUAAUGUUGGAAUUUAUUUGCUUAAAGAAAUGAAUAUAAGAUGUAAAUUUAGUUUUCUGAGAGAAACAGAGCUUGUAAACUCUCUAUGAUUCAGUUCCCACCCCUCCCACUCCCAGUUGAUCACUGUAUUCAAUGUGCCAAAAAGUUCAAUACAAAAUUGUAUCCAUAUGUUUAUAUUCUGAUACGAAAGAAGUAUUCCAGUCCACAGUGGAACCAUGCAAAUAAGUUGGAUCUCGGCAGUCAAAUACUGUCCGGAAUGCAUCCAAAAAUGUUCCAAUAAAAACAAAUCUUUUUUUGGUUAAUCUGAAUUUCUAUUUUACAUUUUAAUAAUUGAUUUCAUGGCCGCUGAUAAUUUAUGCAUUUAUACCGAGAAACAUUUGAUUUAUUAUGAACAACUGGUAGGUCUCACAAAUCGUACAGGCCCACUGACCUGCAUUUUCCCCAGAGGCUCUUCAGUAUAGUAUGUCAUCUACAUGACUUUGAGUAACAUUUUGAUAAUAUACUUCUUGUGCCUAUGUACUCAUACCAUUCCUUAUAUUGCAAAAUAUGAGAUUAAUAAGGGCCAGAAUCUAAAGGCUCCCAAGCAUGUGCCGAAGUGCUCCUCUGCCCACAACCAAGGCUUCCCUAAUUCCCUCUUCCAGCUGCAGCUCCUAUGUCCUGCAUUAGAUGGUGCUCCAGAAGUCCCCUGACUUUUGGGAAGGAGCUCAGAAGCUUUAGCCUAUGCAUAGAUGCUUUCCACAUAUAAAGCUUUGGAUCCUGAUUAUUGUCUCAAACAAAAUAAUUGAGAUUUAACUAUCAUAUGCUGCAUAGAAUGUGGAUAUUAUUUCCAUAGCAGUAAAGUUGCAGACUUGGAGCACAAUUUCAUGUAUGUUUACUUAGAAGUAAAUCCCACUAUGUCCAAUGGGAUUUACUUCCAUGUAAGUGUGGAUAGGAUUGUAGCCUUAAUGCAUUGGUAGGGGCGGGCAUUGCAGGAGAAUGGACUCAUACAAUUUGUGGGCAAUCUUAUCUUUAAAAAUUGGUUUAAAGAAUAAUUUUAAAAUGAAGACUUUUGGCUCAUGAACAAGUAAUGCAGUGAUCAAUGUCAGUGAUAUUGUUGAACUUCUUUCUCAGAUGCAGGGCCCAGUUUUCAUAAGCUUUUCAGGAAUGCAAAAUAGUUGGUGCUGUCACUUUAAACUAACAAAUGUUUGUACUGUCUUGUUAAGAUUUUUUGCUUUGUGCUUAUUUUUGUAUUGUAACUUGGAAUUACAACACUACUUUAGAAACUGAUCACCUUCUUUAAAAGUUACCAAUGUGCAAUGUUACCACAUUUGGUUCACCAAUGGGUGAUAAUAAUUGAAAUAGUACUGAUGGUACCGUCAUUCAGGAAUGUACAGAUCUACAUACAAUUUCUUUAAUUUAAAACGAGGUAUUUGUAAGCAUCUGAAACACUUUUCUCAAAUUAUUUUCAGUAAAACAUUAAAUAUAUUUGCAGUUGUUACAAGGCACAAUCUGCAAGAAAAUAGAUUAGUUUGACAUUAUUGCAGCCUAAUUUCAUUCACAGAAGUGGUUUUAUACCUUAAGAGGGAAAAUUAAUUUACAUAUGGCACUAAUUUCAGAAUAUGUAACACUGACUUGUGAGAGCAGUAUCAGUUCCUGAAAAUUGGGCCCUUAUUCCUGCAUUACAGGUCAGUCUCUCUGUAUAUGGUUCAAAUGAGUCAAAACGAAGGGAAAUGCUAGUACUGUUGCUAGAUUGUUUCGUGACUAAAGAAAACUGGAAUAGAAGCAUAAAUGCAGUGCUUAGUUCUAGUGUUAGAAAAUUCUUUUGAUGGUAAUGCCUUGCAUUAACCCUUUGAGCAUUGUACAUUAAUCUGAUGACUGGGACAAAUGUUCAAGCAGUAAGAGCACUAAAAGGAUUAUGAGUGUACUGUGACUAUCCUCCUCCAACAACAAUCUUAUGAAAUUAAUAUUAUGUGCACAUUUUUGCAAAGAAAUGGAGGGGGGCAUGAUUGUGCCCUAUUCAAAGAACAUGAAAUGCUCUACUAUGACCCUCAAGCAAGCAAUUUCCCUUUUUAAAAAAGAAAAAGAUUCUGGCUUGGAUCCCAAAAUGUCACUGUAUGAGUGGAAAACACUUCCCCAAUUUUUGCCAGUUCUGUAUACUUUCUGCAGCCCUCUGUAUCCCCUGAAAAUCUGCUCCUGGGGAUUGGUAGACACUCCAGAACAUCAUAAAGUGGAUCUGCAGCAUUAGGGCAGAUCAGCAAACAUCCGAGACUCAUCCGUGAUUCAAAGUGCAUUCUCUUCAUGCAGUGUCACCUUUGGAUUCACGCUUCUGGUUUUACAUUUUGCUAUACAUAUUCUGCACAUACAUGUGCAAUAUCCCAGGCCUGUCCAUCAAAGACAUGUCCCGUCCCGUCCCCCCCCGGAUUAAAUACUUGAAAUUCAGACAGACAUCUAGUUUUAUGUUUAAUAAAUUUAGAGUAAAUAUUUACUGCCAUCUAUUUAUGCUGCCUGCAGAAAACUAGGAUUUCAAUUAUUUUACAUAGAAUAUGGGGCAAUCAUUUGAUCCAAAAAAUAUGAACUGUAAAGUACCCAACAUAUUUUGAAAUUUUGCUGUUUAAUAAUUUUAUUUCCAAAUAGUAGUUAGAAUUGACAAUCUGUAAAUAGAAAAUGUUUUUGCCACCAUAUCUGUAAAUAGUCACACAAAGGAUGUAAUCAUGAUCACAGCUCAGUGAAGCUAUAUGUGUUUAGGGGAGAUAACUGUGCACCUGGAGGUUUAUUUCAAUUUUCUACCGCAACCACUGUGCUGCUGAAGAUACAAGUCACAUUUUGAAACUAAAUAUGACUUGCUUCUUCAACAGAGUGAGUUACUAUAGCAACAGCUUCAAAGAAUUCUCUGUGCACAUAGUUUUACCAUCACUCAUGUAGCUUUGUUCUAUUACAGCCUUGGUCCACUACAUGAUUCCCCCACCCACCCCCACAAGCUUUUUACUUAAUGUGGAUUGAGAUGUUUGUAAGGAAUUCAAAUUUUAAGACAAAUUGUUCAUGUGAAAAUAGGGCACAUGGACUGUAGUAAUGACUAAAAAAGAAAGUAUAGAUGUAAAUGCCAAACCAACCCAUUCUGUUGAUCAGCCCUUUGAACUUCCAACAUAGUCCACUAGAGGCUCAGUAAACCUGAUUUUGUUGCCUGUCUGGGACUGCCACAAAUAGUGAUGUUGUCAGGCAUCUAGCAGCUCACAGUACAUGAUUGGUGGGUCACAAGUUGUGCAAACCUGUUCCAAAUACUAUUCUGGAAAAUUUUAGUCCAUUGUUUCCAUGUUGUAUCUAUUAAUAAGCAGUUAAUGCUAUAGCUGUGCUUAUUCUGCAAGAAAUUUGGAGUGAUGCAUUUGUCCAUUAGUGUAAUGCAAGUAAGUUACCAACCUUUCUUUACUCAGACAAGCUAUUCAAACUAAUGUAUAAAUUAAAAAUAAAUGCAAUACUCAAAGGGUUUUUGAAUUUUAUUAUUCAUAAUGAUUUACUGUAAAUGCUUCUCAGUUUGCAUGCCUUGAUCAUUGCUGCUAGUGAUUUUAUGUGCCAGUAAAACUGAGUUUACGUUACCAAUUUUACUUAAUAGUUAAAGCCACUUACAAAGUGACUGCCUAAGGCUUUGUUUGGGUUUUUAAGUUUAAUUUUGUUCUUUGUUUUGUUUUUUUGUUUUGUUUUGUUAAAGUAAUAUGCCUUGUUUUCAAAAUAAUUUGUCUUAAAUUUAGUUUUAUUCCACCCCCGCCCCCUCAUUUUUAUUUUGUUCAUCUAAGAAAUAAAUUAUUAUGUUGGAAUUGGAAGCCCUGAGUAAUAUUUGGUAAGGAUUUCUGUCUGACUGUUUAGAUUUUAAAAAUGAAAUUCACUCAAAAUAUGUGUUGGGUCACAAAAUGUUGCAUACCCCAUUCGUCUCACUCUGGGUGCAGUCCAGAAAGCACUGCUGUCUCCCAUACAAACCAGAUGGAAAACGUGUAGAAAUUGCCUGGAAGGAAUGCUUUGUGGGUUACAUCUUCAGUAUAUCUGCUUAUUUGGAGUCAAAGAAAUAACUUGCAAGACAGUUGAAUGGUCACCAGCCUUCACUUGUGGCAGGUAGCACUGCACUUCUGCAGAAUAAUGGAUCAUUCUUUAUGGCCAGCUUAGAGAGAAAUUCUAAAUAUGCAAGUCGUAUUUAAGUAAGGAUUAUUUACCAAACUGAAUUCUUAAAGAGGAAUAUGUCAUUGGUUUUUCUGAAGUGGGAUAAGUAUUACUGUAAAACAGCAUAGAACAUUUGUAACAUAACUUUGAAAUCUUGAAACUAAAUCCUAAAUGUAACUUUGAUUAGCAAAGGCCCUAUAUACUACAUGAAAGCUGUCUGUUAAAAUGUACCAAGCAUUUUCUUGCACAAAAAGGUAAUACAGAGCCUCCAGGUAGCUUUUAGGGCUAUAUUAACAUAAACAAAUACUUAGAUUUAAAAUUCUAAUUACAGCUUCAACACAACCAAAUGUUUAACAGAUAGUUAUAAAGAAUACAAAUUUAACCAAAUUAGGUUUUCCCCUCAUACCUUAUUUUUUCCAUUUCAAAUUUGACUUUUUAGAAACUAGCUAGUGAGGCUGUAAAAAUAACCUUUUACGUGCCUUUUUAAAAGCUUGGAAAUUUGUGCCUGGAGUGGUAAACUUUAGUUGGGUUAAUUUUACAAUGUGAUCCUAUGCAUCUUUUACCAAGAAGCAAGUCCUACUGUUUUCAGUGGAGCUUACUCCCUUGUAAGUGUAUUAGGAUUUAAGCCUUAGUUCUUACCAAUCAGUAACCUUACUAUCACUCAGGGCUUUCUUACCUUCAAUGUAACUUAUUUUUGUGUGUUUAUUUUAUAAUUUGUAUUUUUUGUUAAGUGCCAUCAUUUAAAUUUCACUUGGUAAGUGGCAGAUCAUCAUGCUGUUCAGUCCCACAAGCACAGAAAUGCAGGAAACACUAGUAGAACAUAUUGGAUCUUUUUAUUUUCCAAUUGACUGAAUAUAUAAUGUAAAUGAGGUAAGCAACUUUUUGUAGAUUGUAUGUGUAAUGUAAUGUUCUUUUCCAGUUUUUGGAUUACAGUUGAAUAUACUUUUUAAUUAUUUAAAGAAAACAUCUUUACAGAAUAACGUGAUGGGUUUUGUAUAAUGUAUUUGAUUUUGUAAAUACGUAUUUCCUGAUGUGAUUUUUGUGAAAAUGCUAAAUCUUUUAGUAUAUCAUGUCCUCUCAAAAUUGGCAGGAGCUAAAUAAUAGUUUGUGGGCAAUUUGUAUUGUGUACUGUACAAUAACUGGGGAACUUUUAUAAUUAUAAAAAUAUAUAUUAACUUUUAGUGUGUUGUUUAAACAAAUGACUGGAACAUACUAAAGAUAGUAGGAUUUUUCUGAAUAUUUCAGACUUGAACUCAGGCUAGCUUUCUUGUGUUUUUCAAAACAAAAUUGUGUCUUGUCUUUUAAAAAUCAAUAAAUUUGUUUUCUUGUUACAAAUAUA